AUGCCGUCAGAUAAAAUUGAGAAGAAGCGCAAGCGCGCUUCUGACCGGCAUGAGCGACCGAGCAAGAAGCCUGCUCUAGAGGCCCUCCCGCCGCUGGCAGCGAGUGUUGUCGAGGAGAAGAGCGAGCUGGCGCCAGUAAUUGCCACCACUCCUGGCGUCCUGACCUCGAACGGCCUCCGCUUCAACCCAUACAUCAAAACCCGUGAGAAUAGCGGACGGACAGCUACUCGGAACCCUGGCAUUGUCUCCGCCGAGAUGCUACUGCAGUCGUCUGAACACCAGAAGAUGGAUUUUGUUGGUCGUGAGGGCACCGGUGAAGAUGCGGACUCUCAGCUGAAGCACUACAUCGCUGUCGUGGACCCGGAGCACAAGACAUGGCAAUUCAUCGAGGCACGACGAGUAACUGUCCGUGGCGCUGUACGCAGCAGGAAGCCUGAGGAGGAAGAGGAAGAGUCCGAGGAAGAAAUGAACACCAUGCGCGCCCAACGCACCAACCUCACCAACACAUUCGGUACCAAGCAAUCCCGCAAGGCAGUUCAGUCGAUGGCCGAGAAUGCUCAACUUUCAAACGCCCCUGCUGGCUCCGUUACCCAAGCCGGCGCCGCCCUCAUUUCCUCACUCCCCGCGGAUGUGGCUUCCGGUCUGGCCAAGGCCACCAACGUGCAAGCCGAGGUGCAAGCGGCCAAGCCUUUGCCAACGCCAGAUCUCACGGCCGCUCACCCUUCGGAUGUCUACUCGCUCGAGACGCUGGUUCCUGGUGGUCAUCCUACUCUCCGCCAGUUGACCGGCAUCGACGAAUGGACGCAGCAAGUGGAGGCUGGCCUCGGAGUUGUCACAGGCUCUCGAUAUGUCUCCAACCGUGUUGUCGCUGUUGCACAGUCUGGCAACCCCACACAUAUCCAGGUUCUUCGGUUUGUCCAGUUGCUGCUUGAGUUCACUCGUUCUCUGAAAAGCAUGGGCCGCGACAAGGGCUCUGGCCCCGGCAGCAAGAAGCUCCCGCCGCGCGAGGAUCUCCGCAAGAUUCUCUCUAGCACAUCUGGUGCCUCAAAGGCCGGCAAGGAGGAGGAAGAGUCUAUCUCCGAGCUCCUGCCCGACGCUGUGGUUGAUGCCGUGCGCCGCCGCUUUGCCCCCCAGGGCGGUUUCCUCUCCAAGCACGACCUGACCCUUCUCCACACCACCAUCUGCGCCCUCACCCUGCACAUUCCCCCGCAGCCUGCUAAAGAUGGUGGAUCCAGCUCUCUUGGUGGUAACUCGCCUAACGAGCUGGCUACUGACCCCUCUGAUCUGCGCGACGACUUGCGUCUUGAUUCCAAUACCAUUCAGCAGUACUUCCGCGAGCUGGGCUGUCGUAUUGACAAGCCUCGCGAGUCGGAGUUCAGCAAGUGGAACAUCAAGGGUGGUCGUGCGGAGGCGGCUGCUCGCCGGGUUGCUCGUCUGCGUGUUCCGGUUGAGUUUCCCAAGGUCAGCCGUGGAGGCCGGAAAUAG